AUGAAACUCCUCGCCGGGUUUUUAGUUGCCAGCUCGGUCGUUUCAGCCAGCAAUAAAAACACCUCGUCAGAUUUUCCUGGAACCCAAUCCACGUCCACAUCCUUGGGAAACUACAGCCUGCCGAUUCCAUCUCUCGUGACUUUUGGCACCGGGGUUAUUGGCGGCUUGUUUCGCCCAGAUCUGCACCAGAAUCCAGCCAAGGCCAAGAUAGGUGUUCUCGUCAUGCAUGCCGAACAAGACUAUACCACUUUUUACCCUUGUAGCGAGCUACCCGUCCGUGGUUAUACAACUCUUUGCCUUAACAACGCGCAAAGCAAAACAGGUCUCAUGAACGAUCUUGACUUUGAGACUAUGAUGACCGAUGUUGCCGUCGGUGUCAAUUAUUUGAACAAUCUGCCGGGCAUUGACAAAGUUGUUCUGUGGGGCCAUUCUGGUGGCGGUGCAAUGAUGGCUGCAUAUCAAAAUGUUGCAGAGAAUGGCGCAUCCGCUUGCAAUGGCACAGAGAAAAUCUAUCCUUGCUCCGCAGCCGUCGACAAUCUGCCUGCAGCGGAUGGUGUUCUUCUGAUUGAUGCCAACUUUGGUCUAUCGACCAUGACUCUCCUAUCCGUGAAUCCAGCCAUCGAAAAUGAAUCUACUGGCACCAAAAUCAACAAUACUCUGAAUCUAUAUAGCCCUCAGAAUGGGUGGACAGAAAAUGGCGCAAAUUACACUUCGGAAUUUGCUCAUCGUUUCCUCGACGGUGUCGCCUCUCGAUGGGAAAAAAUAGUUUCAUUCGCAGAAGAGCGAAAUCAACUCAUCAAAGCCGGCAAUGGUGACUAUACGGAUGAUGAAGGCCUUGUCAUCCCCGACGCGAAUUAUCUCGGCUUCAAUAAUAAAAUCAUCAGCCAGGAUACACGUUACCUAGCGCAUACCGUGUACAAAUGGCCCUUAUUACAUAAAGAAGGUCGCGUAUCAACCCAAGUCGUCCCGUCGGUCCGUGUUGCCGAUGCAGGAAUUCCAAGCAUCGUUGACAGCUUUUAUGAUGGCGCACUUAAAACCACAGUCACUCGCUUCCUCUCAACAUUUGCUAUACGGAUUGAUAAAACAUCAUUUAAUGUGACAGCCGACAACAUCACCGGGGUGGACUGGGCUUCGUCUCAGACUGCUCCUAUUGGUAGCGUGCCGGGAAUUUCAAAACCGUUGCUCACGAUGGGCAACACUGGACACUACGAAUAUCUCAACGCGGAAAAGAUCUAUCUCGCUGCGAAGAGUGAAGAUAAGUCCAUUGCAUUUACUGAAGGUGCUCAGCAUACCAUAAAUACUUGUACUGAGUGCGAGGCAUACCCGGGACAGUUCGGCAAUACGGUCAAGACGGCAUUCGACUUUAUGGACAAGUGGCUAUCAAAACCUGGUCGUUUUAUUGGAGCAUAA